CCAGGAGAGCCAGCUCAGUUAGUUCGCUUCGUCUGCUCUCCAUUUCGCUAGAAUUUGUGUAUUGCGUUACCGUCCACUUUGACCUUUACGUAUCGAUAAAAAGAAAUGGGAAUAAAGUAGUAACGGUAUAAAAUAACCCGGCUCCGCAACGCACUAUUUAUUUUGACCAAACGACGGUUUCUUUUCGUCACCAGCGGAAAGACGGCUAGAAGACUACAUGCCCCAGAAGGCUCUGUGCCAGUGAUCUCCCUCCGGUCAGUGUUUCUCCGUCCAGCGGAUGAGUCCCCAGCAGCCUGAACUGUGAUUGGGCGAAGAGCCAGUUAGGGAGUGGCCAGGCAGGGACGAGGAUGGCAGAUGUGGACCCAGACACGCUGCUGGAGUGGCUCCAGAUGGGGCAGGGGGACGAGAGGGACAUGCAGCUCAUCGCCCUGGAGCAGCUGUGCAUGCUGCUGCUCAUGUCCGACAACGUGGACCGCUGCUUCGAGACGUGUCCCCCUCGUACCUUCCUCCCAGCUCUGUGUAAGAUCUUCCUGGAUGAGAGCGCCCCGGACAACGUGCUGGAGGUGACAGCCAGGGCCAUCACCUACUACCUGGACGUGUCGGCCGAGUGCACCCGCAGGAUCGUGGGGGUGGACGGCGCCAUCAAGGCCCUCUGCAACCGUCUGGUGGUGGUGGAGCUCAACAACAGGACCAGUCGGGACCUGGCAGAGCAGUGUGUCAAGGUGCUGGAGCUUAUCUGUACGAGGGAGUCUGGCGCCGUGUUUGAGGCCGGCGGGCUGAACUGUGUCCUGAGCUUCAUCCGAGACAGCGGCCAUCUGGUCCACAAGGACACGCUGCACUCCGCCAUGGCUGUGGUGUCUCGCCUCUGCAGCAAGAUGGAGCCCCAGGAUGGCUCUCUGGAGACGUGCGUGGAGUCCCUGUCCAGCCUGCUCAAACACGAGGACCACCAGGUGUCAGACGGAGCCCUGCGCUGCUUCGCCUCGCUGGCGGACCGCUUCACCCGCCGCGGCGUGGACCCGGCCCCGCUGGCCAAGCACGGCCUGACCGAGGAGCUGCUGUCCCGCAUGGCAGCAGCCGGUGGCACCGUCUCCGGCCCCUCUUCCGCCUGCAAGCCGGGACGCUCCUCCACGGGAGCUGCCCCCACGGCCGCCGACUCCAAACUCAGCAACCAGGUGUCGACCAUCGUCAGCCUGCUGUCCACGCUCUGCCGGGGCUCUCCUCUCGUCACACAUGAUCUGCUGCGCUCCCCUCUGCCAUCCUCCAUGGAGUCAGCCCUGCAGGGCGACGAGCGCUGCGUCCUGGACACCAUGCGUCUGGUGGACCUGCUGCUGGUGCUGCUGUUUGAGGGGCGCAAGGCCCUGCCCAAAUCCACAGCCGGCUCCACGGGACGCAUCCCCGGUCUCAGGAGGCUGGACAGCUCUGGGGAGAGGUCCCACCGACAGCUCAUCGACUGUAUCCGCAGCAAGGACACAGACGCACUCAUCGACGCUAUCGACACAGGAGCUUUUGAAGUGAAUUUCAUGGAUGAUGUGGGUCAGACGCUUCUCAACUGGGCCUCUGCGUUUGGAACACAGGAAAUGGUGGAGUUCCUGUGUGAAAGAGGGGCUGAUGUCAACAGAGGUCAGAGGUCGUCCUCUCUUCACUACGCUGCCUGUUUUGGACGACCUCAAGUAGCAAAGACCCUCCUGCGUCACGGAGCUAACCCGGACCUGAGGGAUGAGGAUGGCAAGACGCCGCUGGACAAGGCUCGGGAGAGGGGCCACAGCGAGGUGGUGGCCAUCCUGCAGUCCCCUGGAGACUGGAUGUGUCCUGUGAAUAAAGGGGAGGAUAAGAAGAAGAAGGAUGUAAACAAGGAGGAGGAAGAGGGCAGCGAGCCCAAAGGAGACCCAGAGAUGGCACCCAUCUACCUGAAGAAGCUGCUGCCUGUAUUUGCACAAACCUUCCAGCAAACCAUGCUGCCUUCUAUUAGGAAAGCUAGUCUUGCUCUGAUCAGGAAAAUGGUCCACUACAGUUCAGAGCUGCUGCUGAAGGAGGUGUGUGACUCCGACGCCGGUCACAACCUGCCCACAACCCUGGUGGAGAUCACUGCUACAGUCCUGGACCAGGAGGACGAUGAUGACGGCCACCUCCUGGCCCUCCAGAUCAUCAGAGACCUGGUGGACAAGGGAGGGGACGUGUUUCUGGACCAGUUGGCCCGGCUGGGCGUCAUCAACAAAGUGUCCACGCUGGCCGGACCCGCCUCAGACGACGAGAACGAGGAGGAGUCCAAACCUGAGAAGGAGGAUGAACCCCAGGAGGACGCCAAGGAGGUGCAGCAGGGGAAGCCGUAUCACUGGAGGGACUGGUCCGUCAUCAGGGGCAGGGACUGCCUGUACAUCUGGAGCGACGCGGCCGCUCUGGAGCUGUCCAACGGCUCCAACGGCUGGUUCAGGUUCAUCCUGGACGGCAAGCUGGCCACCAUGUACUCCAGCGGCAGCCCCGAGGGGGGGUCCGAUAGCUCCGAGAGUCGUAGUGAGUUCCUGGAGAAGCUCCAGCGAGCGAGGAGCCAGGUGAAGCCUGUCACAGCCAGUCAGCCCAUCCUGUCCUCCCUCGGCCCCACCAAGCUGACGGUGGGGAACUGGUCCCUCACCUGCCUGAAGGAGGGGGAGAUCGCCAUCCACAACUCAGACGGCCAGCAGGCCACCAUACUGAAGGAAGACCUGCCCGGCUUUGUGUUCGAGUCCAACAGAGGAACCAAGCACUCUUUCACUGCUGAAACGUCACUUGGGUCGGAGUUUGUGACUGGCUGGACUGGGAAGAGAGGCAGGAAGCUCAAGUCCAAACUGGAGAAAACUAAACAGAAGGUCAAGACCAUGGCAAGGGAUCUCUAUGACGACCACUUCAAGGCCGUGGAGAGCAUGCCCAGAGGGGUAGUGGUCACCCUCAGAAACAUCGCCACACAGCUGGAGUCUGCCUGGGAGCUGCACACCAACAGACAGUGUAUCGAGGGAGAGAACACAUGGAGAGACCUGAUGAAAACCGCUCUGGAGAACCUGAUCGUGGUCCUGAAGGAUGAGAACACCAUCUCCCCCUACGAGAUGUGCAGUAGUGGCCUCGUCCAAGCACUUUUUACUGUCCUUAACAAUAGUGUGGAACUUGAACUGAAACAUGAUUGUAAGCCGUUGAUGGAAAGGAUAAAUGUAUUUAAAACUGCAUUCAGUGAAAACGAAGAUGAUGAAAGCAGACCAGCAGUUGCCUUAAUUCGUAAGCUCCUGGCUGUCCUGGAGUCUAUAGAACGGCUGCCUCUGCACCUGUACGACACUCCAGGAUCCACCUACAACCUGCAGAUCCUGACGAGGAGGUUGCGUUUCCGCCUGGAGCGAGCCCCUGGAGAGACGGCUCUGAUUGACCGGACGGGUCGCAUGCUGAAGAUGGAGCCUCUGGCCACAGUGGAGUCUCUGGAACAGUACCUCCUGAAGAUGGUGGCCAAGCAGUGGUACGACUUUGACCGUGCCUCCUUCAUCUUCGUGAGGAAGUUGAGGGAAGGGCAGACCUUCACUUUCAGACACCAGCACGACUUUGACGAGAACGGCAUCGUCUACUGGAUUGGAACCAAUGCCAAGACCGCCUACGAGUGGGUGAACCCUGCUGCUUACGGCCUGGUCGUUGUGACAUCAUCGGAGGGGCGUAACCUCCCGUACGGCCGAUUGGAGGACAUCCUGAGCCGCGAUAGCUCCGCCCUGAAUUGCCACACGAACGACGACAAGAACGCGUGGUUCGCCAUCGACCUGGGCCUGUGGUUGAUCCCGUCUGCCUACACCCUGCGCCACGCCAGGGGGUACGGCCGCUCCGCCCUCAGGAACUGGGUGUUCCAGGUGUCCAAGGAUGGGCAGAACUGGAUGACCCUCUACACGCACGUGGACGACUGUAGCCUCAACGAACCUGGCUCCACGGCCACAUGGCCUCUGGACCCCUCCAAGGAGGAGAAGCAGGGCUGGAGGCACAUCCGCAUCAAGCAGAUGGGGAAGAAUGCCAGCGGGCAAACCCACUACCUGUCACUGUCCGGCCUGGAGAUCUACGGCACGGUCAGCGGCGUCUGUGAGGACCAGCUGGGCAAGGCAGUGAAGGAGGCGGAGGCCAACCUGCGCAGACAGCGGCGUCUAUUCCGCUCCCAGGUCAUGAAGUACAUUGUGCCUGGAGCGCGUGUGGUGCGGGGCAUCGACUGGAAGUGGAGAGACCAGGAUGGGAACCCUGCAGGAGAGGGCACCGUGACUGGGGAGGCCCACAACGGCUGGAUUGAUGUCACCUGGGAUGCCGGUGGCUCAAACUCUUACCGUAUGGGUGCUGAAGGAAAGUUUGACCUCAAGCUUGCGCCAGGGUACGACCCUGAGACUGCGCCGUCACCCAAACCUGUCUCAUCCACUGUUUCAGGCUCGGCCGCGCAGUCCUGGAGCAGCCUGGUGAAAAAUAACUGUCCGGACAAGGGAGGCUCAUCCUCGGUGGGGCCGCCCAGCUCUUCCAGCAGGAAGGGCAGUAGCAGCUCCGUGUGUAGUGUGGCCAGCAGCAGCGAUGUCAGCCUGGGCUCUGCGAGGCUGGAGCGCAGGGCCGAGGGUCUGCUGCUGGAGCAGGGGGGGUUGCUGGGAGGAGGAGGGGGGGGGACCCCAGAGGGGCAGGAGCCCAUCGUGGUGCUGUCCUCGGCCGAGGCGGGUUCAGGAUCCAGCACCCUGACCGCGGACACGGCCAGCGACAACGCGGACAGGAAGGGCGCCGCCGACGGAGCCUCGCGGCAAGGCGGGGCCUCCAGCACGGCGGCCGACGCGGCCAUCUCCAUGGGGCUGGUCAGCGUCAGCUCCCCCGACGUCAGCUCCGUCUCCGAGUCCUCCGGCAAGGACGCGCCGUCCCAGAGGCCUCUCUGUCCCGCCGCCAGCGCCCGGCUCUCCGUCAGCUCCCUGCUGGCGGCGGGCGCCCCCAUGAGCUCCAGCGCCAGCGUGCCCAACCUGUCGUCCCGCGAGGCCAGCCUGAUGGAGUCGUUUGUCAGGCGGGCUCCCAACAUGUCGCGCACCAACGCCACAAACAACAUGAACCUGAGUCGUAGCAGCAGCGACAACAACACUAACACCCUGGGACGGAACGUGAUGAGCACCGCUACUUCUCCUCUCAUGGGUGCUCAGAGCUUUCCUAACCUCACAACCACCGGCACCACCUCAACUGUUACCAUGUCAACAUCCAUAGUAACCAGCAGCAAUAACGUAGCCACAGCCACCACAGGGUUGUCUGUGGGCCAGUUGCUCAGCAACACGCUGACGACCAGCCUGACCUCCACGUCUAGCGAGAGUGACACAGGGCAGGAGGCCGAAUUCUCCCUCUAUGACUUCCUAGACAGCUGCCGUGCCAACACCCUAUUGGCUGAGUUAGAAGAUGAGGAGGACCUGCCCGAGCCUGACGAUGACGAUGACGAGAAUGAAGAUGACAAUCAGGAGGACCAGGAGUAUGAGGAAGUUCUGUUUCAGGAGGAGGAGGAGUAUGAAACCAAAGGAGGUCGUCGUAGGACCUGGGAUGACGACUUUGUCCUGAAGCGACAGUUCUCCGCUCUGGUGCCAGCCUUUGACCCCCGGCCUGGACGCACCAACGUCCAGCAGACCACUGACCUGGAGAUCCCUCCCCCAGGUACCCCUCGCUCGGAGGUGCAGGAGCAGGUGGAGUGUGCCCCCUCCCCCCACUUGGCCCUCAUCCUGAAGGUGGCCGGCCUGGGCACCACCCGGGAGGUGGAGCUGCCUCUGUCUCACUACAAGUCCACCAUCUUCUACUACGUCCAGAAGCUGCUGCAGCUGUCCUGCAGCGGCUGCAUCAAGUCAGACAAGCUCCGCCGCAUCUGGGAGCCCACGUACACCAUAAUGUACAGAGAGAUGAAGGACUCUGACAAAGAAAAAGAAAGCGGGAAGAUGGGCGGCUGGUCUGUAGAGCAUGUGGAACAGUUCCUUGGCACAGAUGAGUUACCAAAGAAUGACUUGAUAACCUUCCUGCAGAAGAAUGCAGACUCACCUUUCCUGCGCCACUGGAAAUUAACCGGCUCUAAUAAAAGUAUUAGGAAAAACAGAAAUUGUUCUCAGCUCAUAGCUGCAUACAAGGACUUCUGUGAGCAGGGCAGCAGGUCUGGGGGGCUCAGCCCCGGCUCUCUGGGUGUGCUGCAGAUCAGCGACAUCCUGGGGGCAGCCAGGGAGCCAGCGCAGGCCAAGGCAGGCUGCAGUCAGAGCACCUCCUGUGGCGUGGAGGACGUACUGCAGCUGCUCCGCAUCCUGUUCAUCAUUGGUGGAGACCCUGCGACUGGGCGCACGCUGCAGGAAGACGUGGACGACCUUCAGUUCAAUGCUUCUCCUGAGGAGUUCACCAGCAAGAAGGUGACGACCAAGAUCCUGCAGCAGAUCGAGGAGCCUCUGGCCCUGGCCAGCGGAGCUCUGCCUGACUGGUGUGAGCAGCUGACCAGCAAGUGUCCCUUCCUCAUCCCCUUCGAGACCAGACAGCUCUACUUCACCUGCACUGCUUUCGGAGCCUCCAGAGCCAUCGUGUGGCUGCAGAACCGCCGCGAGGCCACCAUGGAACGUUCCAGACCGUCGACCACGGUGCGGAGAGACGACCCAGGAGAGUUCCGCGUGGGCCGGCUGAAACACGAGAGGGUCAAAGUGCCCCGCGGCGAGAGCAUGAUGGAGUGGGCGGAGAGCGUCAUGCAGAUCCAUGCCGACAGGAAGUCGGUCCUGGAGGUGGAGUUCCAGGGCGAGGAGGGGACAGGACUGGGGCCCACGCUGGAGUUCUAUGCUCUGGUGGCAGCCGAGUUCCAGAGGACCUCCCUUGGCAUCUGGCUAUGUGACGACGACUUCCCUGACGACGAGUCCAGACAGGUGGACCUGGGUGGCGGUCUGAAACCCCCUGGGUACUACGUCCAGCGUUCCUGUGGCUUGUUCCCUGCCCCCUUCCCCCAGGACAGCGCUGAAUUGGAACGCCUCUACAAACUCUUCCUCUUCCUGGGAGUGUUCCUGGCCAAAUGCAUCCAAGACAACCGAUUGGUUGACCUCCCCAUCUCCCGCCCCUUCUUCAAGCUGCUCUGCAUGGGUGACAUUAAGUCAAAUAUGAGCAAGCUGCUUUACCAGUCACGUACCGGGCCUCACGGUGGGUCACACUUCCACGACCCGGACCGUCACUUCCUGUCCGAGAUCCAAUCAGAGGCCUCGACGGAGGAGAGCCAGGACACUUACUCUGUGGGAAGCUUUGAUGAGGACUCAAAGUCAGAGUUCAUCCUAGACCCCCCCAAGCCCAAGCCCCCAGCCUGGUACCAUGGAAUACUCACCUGGGAGGACUUUGAACUGGUCAAUCCUCACAGGGCUCGUUUCCUUAAGGAGCUGAAGGAGUUGGCUGUGAAGAGGAGGCAGAUCCUGGGCAACAAGAGUCUGUCUGAGGAUGAGAAGAACACUCGCCUGCAAGACCUCAUGCUGAAGGACCCCAUGGGUGUCGGAUCCCCCCUCAGUAUAGACGAUCUGGGGCUGAAUUUCCAGUUCUGCCCCUCCUCCAAGGUGCACGGCUUCUCUGCUGUGGACCUGAAGCCCAAUGGAGAUGACGAGAUGGUGACCAUGGAGAAUGCAGAGGAGUAUGUGGAGCUGAUGUUUGACUUCUGCAUGCACACCGGCAUUCAGAAACAGAUGGAGGCCUUUAGAGAGGGCUUCAACAGAGUCUUCCCCAUGGAGAAACUCAGCUCAUUCAGCCACAAGGAGGUACAGAUGAUCCUCUGUGGGAACCAGUCUCCUUCCUGGACCUCGGAGGACAUAGUCAAUUACACCGAGCCCAAACUGGGAUACACAAGGGACAGCCCCGGGUUCCUGCGCUUCGUCAGGGUUCUCUGUGGCAUGUCGUCAGACGAACGGAAAGCCUUCCUCCAGUUCACGACCGGCUGCUCGACGCUGCCCCCUGGGGGCCUCGCCAACCUGCACCCGCGCCUCACCAUCGUCCGCAAGGUGGAUGCCACAGACUCUAGCUACCCAUCGGUCAACACAUGUGUGCACUACCUAAAGCUGCCAGAGUAUUCCUCUGAAGACAUCAUGAGAGAGCGCCUCCUGGCAGCAACCAUGGAGAAGGGCUUCCACCUCAACUGAGCAUGCUCUGUCUCCCCCCUCACCUGACUGACCAACAUCGCCCCCUGGUGGUGGAGACGAAGCUGUGUCGUGUAUUUGUUGCAGAAUAAACAAACAAAGCUGUGCUCUCUGAUGAGAUCCCCCCCCCCCCUCUGCCCCCACCAACCUCCCCAUCCCCCCCCUUUACACCCCCAUACACACCCGUUAGGACAAAGUAAAAUGAAGACUCCACUAGCUACUGAAACAGAAAAAGGUCUGCAACCCCCAUCUCCCCUCUGCCUCCCUUCUCUCACCACCUUUCCCUCACCCCUGGACACUCUACUGCUUCAAGGGUUUGACCGACUGGGAGCCAGGGCAGUUCUCCUGCAGUGUUUACUUCUCUCAACCAUAACUCUGGCUGUGCUGCGAGCAUAUGUGUAAAAGUUAUCUGUAGUUCUUUUGGUUUUCAGACACCCAUCGACUUUUUCCCCACAUUGUGGGCCCCAUUCACCCCCAGUCUGAGGGAGGAUAUCCACCUGCUUCUGUAAAGCUAACUGCUGUAGAGUGUUUGGGCAUCCUUCUCUCCCCAUCCCUGGUUUUAAGUUUUACUAGUGCCUGCCUUGUUUGGAUAUUAGAAUUUAUUUUGUUUCCUUCCUUUUACUUCUUAAAACGGCAUACAAUCAUGCACAUGCUUAUUAUUUUCUUCCUCCUUUUCAUUUUGCUUUCGUUACAGUGUGAGUAUGUUUUUGUCCAUUAC